ACUGAAGCUACGACAACAACCACACCUUCCACUACAGCUACAACUGACGGUCCGACAACAACCACACCUACAACGACAGCUACAACUGAAGCUCCUACGACCACUACAACGACAACUGCAGUUCCUACGACAACUGCAGCUACUACGACAACUGCAGCACCUACGACAACUGCAGCUCCUGCGACAACUGGAGCACCUACUACGACAACUGCAGCACCCUCUACGACCACUGCAGCGCCUACUACGACAACUGUAGCUCCCACAACAACUACUUCUACAGCUCCUACGACAACUGCAGCUCCUGCGACAACUGCAGUUCCUACGACAACUGCAGUUCCUACGACAACUGCAGCACCUACUACGACAACUGCAGCACCUACGACAACUGCAGCACCUACGACAACUGGAGCACCUACUACGACAACUGCAGCACCUACUACGACCACUGCAGCGCCUACUACGACAACUGUAGCUCCCACAACAACUACUUCUGCAGCUCCUACGACAACCUCAACUGCAACACCUUCUACAACUGCAGCACCUACAACCACUAUGACUGCAGCAACUACUACGACAACCACAACUGCACCUACUGCUACAACCACAACUGCAGAUCCUACUACAACAUUAGUUGUAGUUUCAAGCACUGCAGCAGCUGAACCUGCAACAACUGUAGGUCCUACUACAACAACUGUAGCUCCUACAACAGCUACAACUGCAGCAACUACUACAACUGAAGCUACGACAACAACCACACCUUCCACGACAGCUACAACUGACGGUCCGACAACAACCACACCUACAACGACAGCUACAACUGAAGCUCCUACGACCACUACAACGACAACUGCAGUUCCUACGACAACUGCAGCUACUACAACAACUGCAGCACCCACCUACGACAACUGCAGCACCAACGACAACUGUAGCUUCUAUUACGACAACUGCAGCACCUAUUACGACCACUGCAGCACCUAUUACGAAAACUGUAGCUCCCACAACAACUACUUCUGCAGCUCCUACGACAACGUCUGCUGCAUCACCUUCUACAACUGCAGCUCCUACAACCACUACGAUUGCAACAACUACUACGACAACCACAACUUCACCUACUGCAACAACCACAACUGCAGAUCCUACUACAACAUUAGUUGCGCUUAUGACAACACCUGCAACGACAAUUGCCGCUCCUACGACAACUGCAGCUCCUAUGACAACUGCAGCUCAUACAACUACAGCUCAUACGACAAUAACUGUAUCUCUUUUUACCACUACAACUGUAGCGCCUACUACAGCCACAACAGCAACACCUACAAAUACUGGAGCACCUGCUACAGAAACUACAAUUGCACCUACUACGACAACCACUACUGCAACUUCUAUGAUAACUGCAGCUCCUCUGACCAAUGCAGCUCCUACGACAACCAGAACUUCAGCUUCUACGACGAACACCACCUUAGCUCCUACGACAACAACGACAACUGCAACUCCUAUGACAAUGACAACUCCAGCACCUAA